CAUUGUCGUUGCCGCCAUCUUCGUUGAAUAAUAUAAGGUUGCUGCACGUUUUUUUUUUUUUUUUGCAAAGAAUUUUUUAACAUUUUAAGUUUUAUUUUAAUUUAGUUUGUAUUUAAGAAACUUUAAAUUGUGAAUUAGUAAUUGAACUAGUUGUGUUUGUGUAUUGAGAAAAUCUAUUGUGAUAAAACUGAAGUAAAAGUAGGAAAAAAUAAAUAUUUCGGUAGAAUAAGAUUGACGUGUAAUUUUAAAAAGCAAAAUUGUAAAAUUGUUACUUGUAUUUUUACUUUUUCUUUUUUUUUUGAUAUUUCAAUUUUUUUUCGUAGAAUAUUAAAAACAAGUAAAAAACAAUUUAUUGUAUGAGUCAAAAAAUCGAAAGGCCAGUGCUAUCAGGUCAACGCAUCAAGACCAGAAAAAGAGAUGAAAAAGAGAAAUACGACCCCACGGGAUUCCGUGACGCGGUUAUUGCUGGUCUCGAAAAAACUGAAGGUGACUUGGAAGCUAUCUCAAGAUUUUUAGACACUGCUGGAAAUAAAUUAGAUUAUCGCCGUUACGGUGAAGUUCUAUUUGACAUAUUAAUAGCUGGUGGUCUUCUCGUUCCAGGAGGUUCUAUAUCUCAAGAUGGCGAGAAACCAAAAACAAAUAAUUGUAUUUUUGAAGCAUCCGAGGACAUGGAGGCCAUGCAUGCCCACGAACAAGUAUUCAUCAAGCUUAUGCGUAGAUAUAAGUACUUGGAGAAGAUGUUUGAAGAAGAGAUGAAAAAGGUGUUGGUAUUUAUUAAGGGAUUCACUCCAAGUGAAAGAGUUAAACUUGCUCGUAUGACUGCACUUUGGAUAGGAAAUAAUUCUGUGCCACCAACUGUUUUACUAGUACUGAGUAAUGAGCAUCUCAUUAAGGAUGGUAUUGCACUCGAAUUCUUAGUUGAAUUAUUUGUGACGUAUAAGCAAGAAAAAGGCCUUUCAUCAUUGGUGCAAACAUUGAAAAAAGGCGGAUUGGAAAGCAAAUUAAUGGAAUUUUUCCCACCAAACAAACGAACUGAAGAAUAUUUCAAACAGGUUUUUCUUGAGAAAGGACUUACUGAAAUAGUUAAAUUACAUAAAGCGCAGGCCAGUCAAGAGGCCAAACGUGAACUACAAACGGCUUUGCUUGACGAUAUACGUGACAACAAAUCACACAAAGAAGUCACAGCUAACAUUAAGGAAUUGGCUCAAAAAUCAAACAUUCCUGAACAUGAAAUUAUUUGUCUUAUUUGGUCAACGGUAAUGUCUUUAGGUGAAUGGAAUAAAAAAGAGGAACUUGUGACUGAUCAAGCUGUUAAACAUUUGAAAGGUUACUGCCAAUUAUUACAGGCUUUUGCAACUACAGAUCGAUCUGAAACCGCUUUGAUAUUAAAAGUUCAGGAAUUUUGUUAUGAAAAUAUGAACUUUUUGAAAGCUUUUCAAAAAAUCAUUCUUUUGUUAUAUAGAACUGAAGUUUUAUCAGAAGAAACUAUUUUAAGAUGGUAUAAAGAACCACAAUCAUCAAAAGGCAAAAUACAUUUCUUAGAACAAAUGAAAAAGUUUAUUGAAUGGUUACAAAAUGCUGAAGAAGAGUCUGAAUCUGAAGAAGAAGAUUAAACCUUUAUCAACUUAAAAUAAGAGAUCACAAAUUGAGACGUGCUGCAACCUUUGAUUUAAAAAAAAAAAUUAAAAUCAAGAUACAUACAUAAUUAUAAAACAUAAAACCAAUUUUAGAAUUUUUUUUUUUUUUU